GCCUUGUGAACAUUCUAGACAUUUUCUCACAAUCAACAUAAAACCAACCUUCCUCAGCCUCAUCCUCUUCCAAUCCUCCAGCAGUAAACAGUACCUCAUACUACCACGCGUCCUACAACAACAAACACCCUCCACAACACACACCUAAACAAUCGCAAUGGGUGCCGUCGUCUCUUGCUUCGAAUCCAUCUGCCGGACCAUCGGUUCGGUCUUGAUGGCCAUCGUCAACGGUAUCGGCGCUAUCCUCACCGCUAUCGUCAACGGCAUAGUGGCUCUCUUUGAUAUCAUCAUCUCGUGCCUCACCUGCGGCCGUGGCGGCGGCAGACGAAGAGGCGGAGGAAGGCAUACGACGAGUACAGUCUGAUCGCCGGGCUCUCUCCAUCAAGAUGACAGGGGAGUGAGGGAGUCCGAGAUAUUUCUCGACGACUGCGAAUGAUGAGGGGAUAAUUGGAACGGUUCAGGAAGGAAUUGCAUUUGUGUACUUUUGGGGAUGUUGAUACCAGUGGCUUUCUCAGCGCAUUGCUUCGUCGACAGCAGCCCAGUCGGAGAGUCCAGACUUUGCGCGCAGAGCUUGUACUUUUACGACCUUGUUUUUACGCUCGAUACCCUCAGACAAGCACUGCUAAUGGUGCUGUUAAUCAGAAUUUCAUGAUUUGAGACCAAA